CAGGCAGCACCACCCCAGCGUGUCUUAACCGGCUCCCCAAAGAAGCUUGGCCGCCCUGUUCGCCAGGCGUUGAGUGCAGCGCAGGAAGGCAGCUCUAGCCUCGUCAUCAGCUCCCGGCCGACCUAACGUUACCAACUUCCACCAGCAACGACCACCGAACUGCACCACUUGCAUCGCCCAAGGCCUUGGGCAAGACUGAACACCUACCGCAACUGCACCCUAACCAGUUCCUAAAUCCUAUCAUCGACAGAUCAGCUCAGACGCGAUAGGUUACACAUAAUGCCGGGCUUCGACUUUUCCAAUUACAACCGCAAUGCGGCGCUACAUGCUCGGGGCGUGCCGCUGCCCAAGGCAACGAGCACAGGAACAACGAUCGUAGGGUGCAUAUACGAUGGCGGUGUCGUGAUCGCCGCGGACACACGAGCAACCUCAGGCCCCAUCGUAGCCGACAAGAACUGCGAAAAGCUGCACUACAUUGCGCCCAACAUCUGGUGCGCAGGCGCCGGCACGGCGGCCGACACCGAGUUCACCACCGCCCUCAUCAGCUCGCAGCUGGAGCUGCACUCGCUUUCGACGGGCCGCAAGCCGCGCGUGGUGACGUGCAUGACGAUGCUCAAGCAGCACCUGUUCCGGUACCAGGGCUACGUGGGUGCGUACCUGGUGGUGGCCGGCGUGGACCCGACGGGCACGCACCUGUUCACGGUGCACGCGCACGGGUCGACCGACAAGCUUCCCUACGUGACGAUGGGGUCCGGCUCGCUUGCGGCCAUGUCCGUCUUUGAGACGCAGUGGAGGGCGCAGCUGACGCGCGACGACGCGGUCAAGCUGUGCGCCGACGCCAUCGAGGCGGGCAUUUGGAACGAUCUCGGGUCUGGUAGCAACGUCGACGUGGCUGUCAUCACGCCAGAAAAGACGACGCUCAUGCGCAACUACAUCAGGCCCAACGAGCGUACCCAGAAGCUUGGGAGUUACGCUUUCCCUAAGGGCACUACUGCUGUCCUCAACGAGAAGAUAAUUCGCAAGGAAGAGAUUGGUAAAUAUGUGAGCGUGCUGGAGCUCACGGAAGAGAGCGAUGACAAGAUGGAGGUGGACACAUAG